AGCCGCUGUCCUUAUCGGCUCGCUGUUCCUCAUCUUGGGCUACGGGCUGUUCUGGGCGGGCGGAAUUGCGCACGUUUGGGAGGAAAACGCGAAAUCCGGCCGAAUAGAAUUUUUCAAUAUGGAUCCUAGUCCUACGGUGCGGCACAGCUUUUGGAGUGUUGCGAUCGGUGGUACUUUUUACUGGGCCACCAUGUUCUGCAGCAACCAGGCGUCCGUCCAAAAGUAUCUCAGUGUCGAAAGCAUCUCGCAAGUAAGGAUAGCGUUGUGGGUGUCUUCGUUCGGCAUGAUUCUAAUUUAUAGUGUUAACUUUUUGACUGGAAUGGUGCUGUACAGCGUUUACAAAGACUGCGAUCCUUUGACAGCCGGAUAUAUAGAUGGCCAGGAUCAAAUACUUCCGCUGUACGUGAUGAAUUUCUUGGGAGGCCUUCGUGGAAUGCCCGGAUUCUUUGUAGCUGGGAUCUUCGCCGCGUCUCUCGGAACUGUGGCAAGUGCUCUGAACUCAUUGGCGGCGAUAACCUGCGAGGAUAUUCUUCGCGGGCUUUUCCAGAUGGAUUUGCCAGUGAGUAAAGGCGCCGUUUACGCCAGGUGGAUCAGCAUACUUUUUGGAACUCUCAGUUUCGCGCUGAUCUUCGUCGUCGAGCGUCUCGGUAGUGUUUUACAG